CUCCACCUCGGCCAUCUCUCUACCAUGCCCAGCAAAACCACUCUAUCGCCACCUCCGCGCUAUCCAGAUAUCGUACUGGCGCUCGACGUCAUGAGCACAACGCCACCGCGAUUUCACUGGUUCCUCUUCAUUCCGGAUGUGCCCGCCGCAGAGUCAAGCACGCAGACUCACGGAGGCAUAAAGCUACACGCCAUCACGAAUGACAAGCAGGGCGACGACAAGCGUUGGUCCUACGACCGCACGCUGCUCGCGCUCGCUACCUCCCCCGCCGUCGCAGCCGCCGCCAUCAUUGGCCGCUUACCGGAUGGGAAGUCCGUCGACGACCUUAACGCGCUCCUGCGUCAGAUCCCUAUGGAGGUACCUCAGGUAGACAGAGAGCGCGAACUGACCUGGACGUGCCGGGUCUGGAUUCGCGAAGCUCUGCGGCGGAUGCAUGUCCGCGGGUACAUCCACUGUGAGGAUGUGGACGCGAUGGAGGAGGAGAUGUGGCGCUAUGGGAAGGAGGCUGCGGCGAAGAUAGAGGACGACACUUUCGAAGUGGCGUCGUUAGUAGUGGCUCUGCAUUCCCGUGCGCUUCCCUAGCGUCAUUCGAUGAUGGGAUUCUCGGGUGGUGCCACAUUCGAAGCUAUAGGCUCUGUCCACAGGAUAUCGUGUCCAGUAUCUUGCCACGUCUCUCUUAUGUUGUCACUGCGAGCAUUGCAGAUUAUCCUC